AUGGACCUCAUCAGCUUCGGGCCCCAGGAGCAGAUCGUAUGGCCGGCUUCGGUUCUCGCUGGGAUCGCCAUGAGCGCAGCUGUAUACGACUUGACUCGCCAAGUUAGCUCUCGGUGCUUCAAGGGUUAUGAUGGGCUAAACGAGAUGCAUAAAAUUGAGUGGAAUAACAGGGGAUUCUCUACGUUCCACGCAUUGGCAGCUGCGGCAGUCUCCUUGUAUCUGCUAGUGCUAUCUGACCUUUUCAGUGAGGACGCUCGUGGUACUGCCAUCGUAGUAGACAGAAAAUCAUGGCUAUCUGAUGGCAUGUUCGGGGUCUCUCUUGGCUACUUCUUCACAGACUUGGCGAUGAUCCUGUGGUAUUUCCCUCGCCUAGGCGGAAAGGAAUAUCUCUUGCACCAUGGACUCUCCAUGUAUGCAAUCUCUCUUGCCCUGUUGAGCGGCAAAGGCCACUUCUACAUCCUCAUGGUCCUAUUCACUGAAGCAACCACUCCCUUCGUGAACCUCAGAUGGUAUCUGGAUCUUGCUGGCCGGAAGGGUUCUAAGCUCUACUUGUACAAUGGACUGGCACUGUUCGUUGGAUGGCUGGUUGCUCGGAUCAUAUUGUUCGUGUACUUCUUCGCUCACAUGUACCUGCAUUUUGAUCAGGUGAGGACAGUGUUCCCGCUGGGGUUCUACAGCAUACUGACGGUGCCGCCGUUGCUCUCGCUGAUGAACCUCGUCUGGUUCUGGAAGAUCUGCAAGGGGAUGGUGAAAACUCUCUGCAAAAUGAAGCAGAGUGUGAGUGCAAAAACGGAUUAG